CCUCGCUUCCCCGAUCCUGUUGGUCAAAGUCAGACAACACACAGUGCAAAAGACCUUAGCUCUUGUUCUUCGUCUUGUUUCUCUCUUUAGUUUUGAAAGGUCAGCUUUGACUGUAAAAGCUUUCUACACACGAAACAUAAGUGUGGAAGAAGAAGAAUGAACUGACAGAGGAGUUGAUGGAAAGGAAGUCGGGAACUUUGCGGCAGAGAAUAGAGUUCUUUCCAAUUCUCUGAAUUUCCUCACAGACGGUGACGGCCUCCUUGUUUUCAACAAAACCUUUAUGGAUGAAUCUGGGUUUUGAUCAUUAAUGUUCUGUCGAAGUGGGUUUUAGAAGCCCAAUCCCUAGUUGAUCACGACCACAUAUGUCAAUCAAGAUGACCAGUGGGUUGACUACUAAGCUCCGGCUAGUUAGAUGCCCUAAAUGUCGGCUGCUUCUUCCCGAGUUACCGGACCAUCCUGUGUACAAGUGUGGUGGAUGUGGCACAAUUCUCCAAGCAAAGAAUCAAACAAACGAUGUGAAGAGCACAAAAUCUGGCUUAAAUGAAAUGGAUAAUCCUCAGACAAAUGCAUUGGAUCUUGUUACUGAAGAUAAAGACUCUGGCAGCUCUAUGCAUACAGAUACUGUUCCUUCCACUGGAGAAUGUUCUUUGGACCAAAACAAUGUGGGAGAUCCAAGACAAUCAGGGUAUUGCUGCAGUGAGCAUCUUGAAGGUAUAAAUUUGUUGAAUGAAGGUCAGAACAAGGAGCGGGAUCGAUGCCAGUCAAGGGAUUGCAAUGGUGAGCUGCUUGGAGGUAUAAUACACUUAUCAAACAAUGACCAAAGCAAUGAAGAUGAUGCAAUUGAAUCUUGUGACAGCAAUAUCAAAGAACCUGAGGAUUCCAUUGAAGAGUGUUUGGCAACUGACCUUGCACCUCCUGAGAAUGAAGAGUCAUUACCAAUAGUAGGAUCAAAUUUAGAGGUAAAGGCAAAUGAUGAUGGCUUACUGUUGGCAGGAGCAAACUCAGAAGUGGAUAUUAAUGAAGGUGAUUCUAAUAUCAAAAUUUCAAAUACUGACAAUAACGUGGCUGCAAUGGGAAGUACUUCAAUUGUUACUCACCAUAUGGCAGCUAGGGAAAGCAUUUCAUCAGAUACUCCUACAUCUUCUCCUAACGAACAGCUUGAGCAACCUCAGAAAAAUGUUCAUGUGUUUGACCGUGUAAGGUCCACAGAUACGAUAGAAACCACAGAGUUUGCCAACCCCAGCUCUGAGCUCAGUGGUAGACUUAUAGAUAUCUCUAAAUCGCCAACCAUAAGUUAUUACGCAUAUGAGGGAAGUGUCUCCUCUUAUGAUGGUACAGAUGAUCAAUUCCCUGAACGACCUAGACAUUUAUCUAGAAGUACUUGUAAGGUUGAGAACUUUGUUCCUUCUGAAGAAAGGAACAGAAAGGACAACUUUCUGGUGGACAGCUUGAUGAAUUGCCAUCCUUAUCUUAAAGAAGAUGGAAUUCUUUCAUCCACUAAGAAGCAUUCAGCCAAUAGAUGUGGCAAGUGGGAUCAAGAUGAAUUGCUGGAACCCAAAUUGCAUGGCCGCCCAGUCAGAAACUGGAGGAGACGUGACAGAGAAAAUUAUCCAUCCAGGGUACCUUUCUAUGGAAGGGGUUCCCUUGCUGGCUAUGAGAUUGGUGGCCCCUCAAAUCAAGUGCAUAAUCAGUUUCAUCGCAAUAGUAGCUUUCAAUCAUCAGACAAGUCUGAUUACCUUGAACAGGACAAGUUGAAAUUAUUGAGAAUCGUUUCUGAAUUGCAGGAUGAACUUAACAGAAGAUGCUAUCUAAAUGGAAAAGCUGAUGGAAGGGUUAACACUUGGAAGGAAAAUCAUAUGUCAACUUACAAUGAUCAUGAGGCACCCGAGGGGGAUCUCUAUAAUGAGUUAAAUUAUCCUAGGUUUCCCAGAAGAGGCAAGUCUGGAAGCAACUGGCUUGAGCAGCGCAAUUUCUCAUGUGUACGUUUCUCAGGAGAGGCAACAAGCAGUAGACAUGGAGUUCAUCACUCUUGUCUUCAUUGCCAUCCCCAAGACUGGCAAUGCUCAGUACAGUUGCCGCCUCAAUCCAUUUUUGGCAAUAAUCAAGAGUUAUGUGGGCUCCAUCCUGGUCACAAAUUUUGCAAUCCUUCCUACCGCUCUUGUCCUUCAAGUCCCCACCAGUAUGCAGACUCUGAGUUUCCCAUGUGCAGUCGUGAUGCAAAGUCUGAAGAACAGAGGCAUAGAGACCGUGAGGUGAAGAAACAUCAUUCGGCUAAACAACAUUUCCGACCCAUUGCAGGUGGAGCCCCUAUCAUAUCUUGCUAUAAUUGCUUGAGCCCUCUGCAGAUACCCGCAGAUUUUCUUCUCUUUAGAAAGAGAUUUCAUUGGCUAAGGUGUGGUGCUUGUUCAGAGCAGCUCAAAUUUUCACUUCAAAACAGAACUCAUUUAGUACCACAUGCACUAAAUGCUUUUUGUGUCCCUCCACCAAGUGAGGUUGGCGACUAUAGUGAUGAUAGUAAUAGGAGAUUGGUUUCAGCAUCUCACGCCAAUGCUUCUCCGUAUGCUGAUCCGGUGUCAUGCUCAGAUGAUUAUGGACUCUCAUACUGUAAAAGCUGCUCCACUGAAGGAGAUCAUGUUCCCUUCACGUCCUCUCAUGCCCUCCCAGGAAUUUCAGAUCAAAGAAACAUGUUAUCUGAUCCUUCCAAACCUGUGCAUGAAAGGAAGGAGUCUAUUGGGAAACGGUCACAAAACAAGCAUAAGAAUUCAGUGGAAACGUUUGAAUCAGCUGGGCUUUCCUCCAAUAUGUCCAAAGCAGAGAAAUUAUCCUCUGAAAUCGAGCCAAGAUCAAGCUCACCACUUCAUCGUCUCAUGGGUUAUUCCUCACCCAGCGAGGUCAUAACUGGCUCAAGGCCGUCUGGUAUGGAGUAAGCCUAUAGUCUCCUAGAAGGGCGAUAUGCUGUUCAUAGAAGGGAGUGAUUCUCCAAUUGGUCUGUACUGGAUGGCAAUAAUGGCGUUCAAGGAGUAUUAUCUAAGGAGAAUGUGUGGUAGCAGUGGGGAAUUCGCCAGAAGCAAUAUGCUGUAUCCAUUGCCUGGAGGCUGAAGCAUUGAGCGUUCUGAGAAACGAACAACAUUAGUUUAUUUCUAUACUACGUGUUUGGUUCUGGUUAAAACAAGAUUCACGUCUUCGCUCUGGAUUAUAUUGUAGAAGUAGACACGAAAGGCUUUGAUUGUUGUAUAUGUAGAUAUUCACCCAGAUUUCUAUCUAAAUUUGUAUAUUUUGGGGUAGGCUAAGAUUGAUCGUGUGUAAUGAAUUUUCAAACUUAUUAUUAUAUGUAUUUGAUAUUAGAGAUAAUUGAAUCGAGAUAAUAAUCAUGUGUGAUGAA